AUGGAUUCUAAUUGGCUGGUCGUGCUGGGUCUCCUCUCCUACCUCCUCGUGUCGACCUACUCCGUCUACUACGAGUUUGCGUACCAGACUCUGUGGUUGACGGGGACGAUCGACCUUGGCCUCGGGCUUUUCCGCCCUGCGGCCGCAUACGCUGCGGUGUUCCUUUGGGUCGUUGGAGGUUUCCUUCGGCUCGAAUGGCUCAUCUCGUGGUGUUGUGCGGUCGUAGGCUCCCGACGACCAUCGACGAGAGUCCUGGGGAAGCGACAGACGAUGCAAUCGGAUGUUCACUGCGCUAUGGGCUACCUUUCCGGAAAUCCAAGGGACCGCUCUGGACGACCACGGUUCUGCAAGUACGUCCAUUCCAACGAGGGCUGCGUUGAUGGGGAACGUCCGCUUGCAGACCGCGUGUACCACUGUUCUCACCUCGGAAAGAAGUGCCGAAAGGAUCCUCGAAGACGACCAGACGUGCACCUCGCGGUGUACGAUCAUUUCUGCGGUUGGCUACGGGUGAACGUGUACCUGGACACUAUUAAGCCGUACCUUCUCAGCAUGGUCUUCCUGUUCCUGGACUCAAUCAUCGUGUUCUCGUGUUCCGUCGCUGGGUGGUCAAUGACACGACAAUUGGAUUUUUCAUUGCAUGGGCCGACAACGCUCCUGGCAGUUGCUGUCGUGCUGUGGCUCGGCUGGCACAACAUGCACAUGAAAAUCCACAACUUGGCGAUGAGGAACCGCACGAUCCCGGAGAUGAACCAACUUCGACAAAACGCCGCGGGACUAGGCGGCCGGUUAUGGUUCGCCAUUCAGCUCGUUCCGACAGACGAAUUCGUUUACGCACGGUACCACGAAGGCCGUAAUCCUUGGGACCUCUCGGUCCGUCGCAACCUCUACCAGGUCUUUGGAGGCUGGGAUUGCUUACUGCCGUGGAGGCAGUCGCCCAGGUGCGUCGGUUACGGUGUUUCCCGUGGUAUCAGCGAUUUCGAAAUGAACGACGAGUUUUGGCGUUGGGUUGAGGAGGUCAGAGCCGAUCCGGGGUCGCGUGCUGCUGGAUCGCGGCCUACUGUUGUUGCACCGCUGGACCAACACCAGGAAGAGGGGCAACUGACGAGCUCGGUGACUGCUGCUGGACGUCUGCCGGCUCCACCGCCCGCAUCUCUUUGGACCUCCCCUCCACCACCUCUCCCAACAUCUCCGGAGCCCACAGCAUCCCCACCUGAAAUCCCUCUCCCCUUAUCUCCUACGUCCUCUGGCACAGGCUAG